AUGGAGACGAGUGAUAAGCCAGAUUUGUGUGUAGAGAAAUUUGACAGAUCAAAAUUGAAGAAAACUAAUACUGAGGAAAAAAAUACACUUCCUUCCAAGGAAACUAUCCAACAGGUGAAAGAGUGUGUUCAAACAUCCUGA